UACUAAUUUUGAGCUGUUCUAUAUUGGCCUGUAUAAGAUGUCUGUGUUCUAGGGAUAAUUUGGAUUAGAGAUCCCUUCCCCCCUGGAAUUUAUCGUUAGUACUUAGUCUUCUGACCGGCGCGUGUUUCAAAUAUGGUGAGAUUUAAGAGGGUGUAUUUUAAAUUUGUUAUUGUAUAUUAAAAUCUUAAUUGCAUUUUUCUUUGUUAUUAAAUUUCGAAGUGUUUCAAAACAUGUAAAAGCUAUUAUACAGUAUUUAAAGUGCGAAUGGACCAUCAUGGCUGCUUAUUUUUGGGUAAGUUUUCUCCGUUAAAAUGUUGGUACUGUAUCAGUCGAUGUAGCUGAACAGUUCAUUCUCAAUAUCGUACAUAUUUGUACAUUUUUGACAAAGGUCACCGGUGCUUGUUCGCUUUAACAUACAAUUCUUUGAAGUGAAAAGUAUGUAUUUUGAAAAGGGUUGUUAAUAACAGACUAUACUACAAUGUUGUAAUGUUGUAGAGUCAAAGAGUUAAGGCUGCCCUAAAUGUAGGAAAAGUUUUGACUUCCCGUUUAAUAUAUACAAAUUUUCACACGAUAUUAGACAUGUUCCCCAUGAAGAAAUUUCAACUGAGCUUCUGGCCAUGUAACUUCAAGAAAAUCUUACAAAAUCCAUGUAUUUUUGUUAUAAAAAAUAUCUGGUCAGAGAGUGAUGUGAAUCAUGUAUAAUCCUGGCUGUGCAUUUUCCACAUUGUAUAAAUACCAGCACUAGUAAACAAAUAAAAUCACUGUUACUUCCCCCCCCUGGGGAUUUUUGGAUUUUUUACUACUAAACUGCCAAUUCCUCACCCCCGGCCAUUUAGCAUCAUGCAACUGAGAUAUCGGGGGUGCAGUUUUGAUGUUUUCUAUAUACUGGUAUUUACUAUUCAGUUUUUUAAAUCACAUUUAGACAAUUUCCAAACUUUCCAGUAAGGACCCCCUGGAAAUAACAUAUUAUUAAACAUGUUAUACCGUACAGUAUUACACGAGGCAUUUGUUCUUGCAACUUACAAUUGCAACACAUUAAUCUUUGAUCUACAGGCAUGUUUAUUAAAAAUGUUGGCCUGUGUUUUGCUUUUUUUUUACAAACAUUUAAUAAUCGGGAAACAACACCUGCUAGGCCAAAAACUCCUCAUUUGUGAACAUCAUAUUCCCUACCUAAUGCAAGGUCACCCCUGGGACCAGACACAUGGCAAAAUGUGCCACCUCCGGAAAGUGCACUUUUUAUUGUUGUACAUUUUCCCAGGGGUGGAUGGUAUAGGACGAAAUACAUUCUUCCGGAAAGCAUGUCACUUUGGCUAUAGCAGUAUAGGUCUUUGUUUUUGUAUAUGCGACAUUGCAUGCUUAUAAAUUAAAGCUCAGCAUCUCAAUUGCAAAAACAAGGUUCUAUAGUCAAGCUUUCAUUAGCCAUAGCAAAAUUACAAACAUUGCAGCUAAAUGGGUUAAUCACAGCAAUUUCCUCAAGGAAUGACUUUCUUUGCCAGAUGCAACAUGGAAAGACAUGCUCAGAGCAUUUUGGUAUACAACACAAGAAGGUGACCGCGUUAAGACAACACAAGAACUUGAAGCAUUAUUUGGAGGUUUGGAUAAAUGUCUUGCAUGCUUCUCGGUGAGAUCCGCUCUAGAUUUAUUCCUAUCUGUGAUGCAGUUUCCCAAAGGGUCUGAGAUUCUCAUGACUGCAAUAAAUAUCCCAGACAUGGUGUAUAUUUUAGAACACCAUGGCUUGAGUAUAGUACCGAUAGAUAUUGACCUGGGUACCCUUUGUCCUCGAUAUGAGGACAUGAAAAGUCUUGUCACUCCUCGUACCGUCGCAAUACUUUCAGCACACAUCUACGGACGAUGGACAAAUAUGGAUGAUAUUAUAAAAGUUGCCCAAGAACAUCAACUUUUUGUACUCGAAGACUGUGCUGAAUCAUUUUCUGGGUUAUCCGACCUAGGCCACCCGCAAAGUGAUCUGACAUUUUUUAGCUUUGGUGCUAUAAAGUAUGCUACUGCAAUGGGAGGUGCGAUAGUGAAAGUUAGAGAUCCUGAGAUGCUUCAAAAAAUGCGGACAAAGUUGCUGACCUAUCCUAUUUUUUGUGAGAGUGAUUAUGUAGAAAGAUUAUUCCGAUAUUCCGUAGUUAUGUUUUUGGCAAAUAAUCCGUUGGUUACAAAAGUUGGUGUACGUUUCAUGCAUUAUUUUGGCAUUGAUUACAAGGAGACAAUUGUGUCGCUCUUGCGUGGUUUCCCUGGUAAUAUCAUCAAAAAGGUUCGUCACCAGCCGUCCACCAGCAUGCUGCGUAUGAUGCUACAUAAACUGCGGCAGUUUGAUGACAAAGACCAUGCACAGGCGAAGGUCAACGGAGAUUUUGUCCUCGACAGUUUGUUCCAAGAUAUAUUGAUUCCUGGGUGUAAUGCUGAUACAAUGAACUAUUGGCUUUUUCCUAUACUAGUAGUGAGUUGUGAUUUUGUUUAAUUUAAACAUAAGAUUGUGAUGAAUUAUGCCAACUGAUAUUACUAUCUAAUUCUUCCAUAUUUUGGUUUCCAUUCUAUCUGUUUCUUUCAAUCUUUCACUAGUUGUUCCUUUCUUUCUAAAAUUUUGCCUUCUUUCUUCAAAUCUUAUGUACAUUUCUUUUCUUUUCCACUAUUUACUUAUUAUUUUAUUCCUUUCUUUAUUCUCCAUCCUUUUCUUUUACCGUUUCUUCUUCCGUUUCUUCUUCCAUCCUUUAUUCUACCCAUCCUUUCUUUCUUCGAAUCUACCCAUAGUGAUUAAAUCAGAAUUGGUUUGUUCAACCUAUAGUUCCCGAUUGUAUAUAUUAACCGAUUAUUGCGGAUAUAAAAUAAUUCUUUAGAGUUUAGAGGCUGUCAUUUUGCCAUGCUGAAGCAUGUUGAAAUGUCUUUUGCAAAGCCACAAACUAAUUAGAAAAUUUUAUUUCUCUUAUCUAAUGAUAAAUUAUUUGAAAGGCACAUUAAAUGGUGGUCUUUACUAGUUUUUGGGCGGCAGGGGUGCAAAAUUAAUGAUGCCAUUCGACUAGUUGUAACAAUCGGGAUCGUAUUAAAACUUGGAACAAUCAGUAAUUUCCUAUUGUGCAUAAUUGGUCAAUCACUAUCCACACUUAUCCCCAGUAUUUUGUUCCUUCUUACCCUCUUCCCUCCCUCCCUUAUUUGCUUAUAUCCUCCCUUCCUUGCCAUCUUCCCUUCUAUCCUUCCCUCCCCAUCUUCCGUUUCAUCCCUCCCUCUUUUCUUCUGUCUGCCCUGCUUUUGUCAUCUGAACAUCUCAUUUUUAAUUUUUUUUCAAUUAAUUACCUGGACCAAAACUAAAAUUAUUUUGACCAUGCAGGACAGCCCGGCAGAGUGGGUCAAAGAACUCGAAAGGGAGAAAAUUGAAGCUUACAACGGAAUCACUCAGCUCAACCUAGUCAAACCAAAGUUUCACAAACGAAGUCACACCCCUGAUGAUGAAUACACAGAGGUUCUUCCCGAGCACCCCUCUAAUGCAGGAUCAAGUCAUGAACGCAAAACGGAUUGCACAGACUUCGGCUGUAUAAAUCACAACAACGCUGAUUUAUAUCCACACAAAGCGAAGUUCCUAAUCGACCAUGUGCUGUAUUUGCCAGUUCAUAAACGAGUACCACUCAAAGAUUUAGAGUAUCUGUGUCAAGGUGUACUUAAGGUGGCGCAACGUCGUCAUUCUGGUGUUGCCAAACCAAAGGAGUGCUUACUUGAUGAAUUUAAGAAGCUUGCGAAGUUGUAAGAAAUAGUAGAGUGCUUAUUAUUUAUUGGAUUUAGUCAUUUAGAGAGUUUUCAAAGUUGUAAGGGUAGUAUAGUUAUUGAAAUGUAGACAUUUAGGUAGAAUUGAAUAGAAUAGCACUUAUUUAUUGUAGGAAUUUAUAGAUAUAAGAUAUCUUCAAUCCAUUUCAGACCUUGUGAACACAUUUGCUUCAGUAUUGGCUAUAUCGUUACACAUGUCAAGUUUAAGUUGCGGUGUUCAUUAAUCUUGCAAGCCCUUGGCCUUGCAACACGCAGUAAUAGGUGGCUUUCAUCAUGCUACAGUUCAAUGCACAUGGAGGACAUUUACACAAAAGAAUCUCAUUAGAAUCCAGGGGCGAUCUGGCCUGAUUUGUUAGAGGGGGUGGAUGUUUUCCAGAGGGGGUGGUGCAUUACUACGGGGGUCUGGGAACAAUGUCCACCAGAAUAUUUUUGAAAUUCAAAAACCCUGAAAUGCAAUUUCCUGCAUUCUGAGCACUACAUUUAUAGCAAAAAUUGCUACGAUAUCAUAUGGUGACCCGCCGUAUAGGUACUUGAACUCGGCCCGCGUGCAGCCCCACAGAGAAGUUCUUCCCUCGGUGGGCCUGCACGCGGGCUACUGUACUUAAUACUUUCUUGUGUAUUCGAAAAUCAAUCGUUUCAAUAUAAUAAGUAGUAUUCACAACUCAAGUAUGGAAUACCAAGCGGAUGCUGGACACCACGGGGUGCACCCCCUGGUAGAUCCGCCCCUGUUAGAAUCUCAUUACUUGCCUUUCAUCUGCUUUUGUGUUAAAGUCUCGUGAGAUUGCUGGAAAGCCACCUAUUGGCGUUAAACUGUUGUGGUAAUCAUGCAUUUCUCUUUGAUAUUUAUGCAUAAAUAAGAUCUGAAAUGGGUGGAUAAAUAAGAUCUGAAAUGGGUGGGAUGUUGACUGAAUAUAAUGUAAUACUUAACAUUGACUGAAAUAUUAAUAUAAGGUAUAUGAUUUGAUGAUAUAUAUAAUAAGAAUAAUAAUUAAAGAAUUCCUUGCUUUCUUAUGUCGUAGUGGUUCUUUAUUUUUCACUGUAUAUUAAAAAGUAUACAGUGAUGGUGCAAGGUGAUAUACACCUUUAGAAAUAAAGCUAUUAUUGUUAAGCACAAGAUUUUAUGCUCUGGGGAUUUAAAAUAGCUUCUAAUCAUAUCAUCAGUUCGAAUAAAAAUGGUUCAACAGACCUUUCCCCUUAUAACCAAAAUUUUGAUCUAGGCAAGUCUAGACAAAUAUUUUCAUCACAGCUUGAAAGAGCAUCGCAAAAUUAGUAAUAUUCCAAAGUUUCGUUGCGAAAUGUUGUAAAAUGAGGAAAAUAGAGUCUUGCGAAGUUUGCAAUUUUCAGUCAUUUUGCAUUACAAACGGGAAAUUGCAGCCCCAACACCCCAAUCGGAUGUCAAUUUCCCGUUUGUAAUACAAAAUGACUGAAAAACGGCA